CGGGGCCGGGGGGUCCCGGGGGGUCCCGGGGAGUCCCGGGGAACCGGAGCGGCCGAUGGAGGCCGCGGGAGCCGGGGGACCACCCGGCUGCACCUGUGCGAGGUGUCCCACCCGGGCCCUCCUGGCUGCCGCCUCUGAGCUCCCCCGCGCCGCUGGCCCGGAGGCCGCGCAGCCCCCCGGCUGUUUAUGGGGCUGUUUUGCCUUCUCCGUCUCUGUCGUUGCUGUCGUGGCUGCUGACCAGUCGUGGUUACAGUUACGGGGCAACAGCUGCGCUCCCCGAGCACCACAGGGGCCCAGCCCCUCCAUUUCGGCCAGGCCAGGCUGGCAGCCCUGGGGAGGAGCCCUGAGCCCGUGCGGCAGGAGCAGAAGGGCUCUAGAGCUGCGGCCCCGCGGGGCUCGGGGAGCUCGUGGUGCUGGUUUAGCUUCGGGUGCAAGAUCCCAGCUGUCAAUGUGCUCUCGUGCUCAAGGGUCGUUACGAAGACACACGAAAACCCCCAGUCCAAGGCUCCAUUACCUCCUGUCAGGAACUCACCUCUUCGUUCAGCUCCGGGAUCAGCCUCUGGAAAUACCUGCACCUGAAAUACCUUCUCCAGGUGCCUCACGGAGGCUGGAUCUGCUUCCAAACCUGCUUCCAGUCUGCUCCUCGUGUUCAGAGGCAGUGUCUGCUCGCUCUCCCCUGGUCAGGUCAUGGCUGGAUUCUCUUGGUUCUCCGGGCUGCAGGGAUCCCCCUGCUUCACCCACCACGGGUUUGAGUCAAGCAUUCCCACAUUUGCACCCAUAAAAUAAUCAGAGGUUGUAUCCUGGGGAUCCAUAGCAUGGCUUUGCCUCAGGAAGGUUGCCCCCGUCUGCUCCAGGACAGUUCGGUUGUGGAAUUUGCUGCGGAGUCGUGGAUAGAGCUCCGGAGGUGGGGGCGGUUCCAGAGGCUGUCCCUGCUCUUCCUGGGAACUCGGUGCCGGCAGAGGGAGCGCAAGGAGCGCGGAGGAGCGCUCUGCCUUUCACCCGAACCUCGGCACUCCGAGAUCCAUCCUGCCCAGGGGCUGGGCCGAACAGUCCCGCUGCCAACGCGCCCUCCUAAAACAAGGCGUUGAUGUUUUUAAGGUGGACAAGCAGCACGUCGUCAGCCCUCCCUUGUGUUCUUCGAGACAGCUGGGCUAUUUUGUUGGAAAAUCUCAAACAAAUCCCGCCUGGAAAGGAAACAGCCCCCACGUGCUUUGCAAAGGUUGCAGAUUGCUGUGAGGAAGGUGUCCAGUGGAUGGUGUCAACCUUCAUUAGCUACUCACAGAGCCACUAAUGAAGAGCAUGUUUUCCAUGGGGUCCUGGUGACAUCCGUGUGUGUCCAGGCCGGCACAGGGAUGGUGGGAAUGGGGCUGAAGGGAGCAUGAAGGGAGAUGUCUUUGAAGAUCCCAGCUCAGACAUUUGGGUGAAGGUUUUAAUUUCCUUGGACUGUAAAUAUUCUUUUGAGCGUCAGGCAGUUCCCUGCAGCAGAACCUGGAGGACAAACAUGCCAAACACUGUCCACUCUGCCUUUCCAGGGCCUGGGCCAGGGGGUGCAGGUGGAGAAGGACAGCACAGGACUCUGGCAAGUGUGGAAGAGACAAUUCCAGCAGUGGGACAGAGCCAGCCCUGCAGCAGCAGCUCCAAUGGAAGCAAUCCCUUCCCAAGCCCCUGUUACAGCUGCCCCAGCUUUCUAUUCUGCUGGCUGAAAACUGGGUCUCCUAUGAGAGCUGAGGAACAGUUGGAACAGGGGCUGGAUGUGGGUUUGUCUCACAGCCUUUUAGGGGCAGGAGCUCUCACAGCAGGGUCACAGCCCAAGUCUGUGACACACGUUUUUAAGCAAACUCUGUGCUAAGGCUUUGGCUUUCAGUGGCAGGUUCCAGACAGCUGGAGACCAGCUGAGCACCCAGCUGAGCACUGCCUGGAGAGCCUGGGGGCUGAGAGGAGCCAGGGAGGCACAAAAGCCAAGGAGGAAAAGGGAGAG